GGUUAAACUACCUGGAGAUAUUUGUAUCUUCCUUAAAGUAAAUACAGUAAAUUUUUAUUUUUAUGAAAGCAGUCUUCAAUUCUCCUCUGUUCCAUACUCUAGGGGUACCUAGAUUCAUGUAUCGCAUUAUAAGACCAGGGAGUUAGUAGCGUCGUCAUCUUGGACUCGUGGGAUGAAGGAACUGUGUGCAUAAUCUAAGGUCCAGUGAUCUUUGACUGCCACAUAUGGACUCCCAGAAAUCUCCGGAGGAAACUGUCCUCAUUACGGGAGGAGGUGGCUAUUUUGGUUUCCGCCUGGGCUGUGCUCUGAACCAGAAGGGGGUCCACGUGAUUCUGCUUGACAUCAGCAGCCCUGCUCAAACCAUUCCAGAAGGAAUCAAGUUUAUACGUGGAGACAUUCGCUACCUCUCUGACAUAGAGAAAGCCUUCCAGGAUGUGGAUGUCACUUGUGUGUUCCACAUUGCUUCUUAUGGUAUGUCAGGGCGGGAGCAACUGAAUCGAAACCUGAUUGAAGAAGUCAAUGUGGGAGGCACAGACAACGUGCUCCAGGCUUGCAGGAGGAGAGGGGUGCCAAGAUUAGUUUACACUAGCACUUUCAAUGUCAUCUUCGGAGGCCAAGUUAUCAAAAACGGAGAUGAAUCUCUGCCUUACCUACCUCUUCACCUCUAUCCUGAUCAUUACUCUCGGACCAAAUCUAUCGCAGAAAAGAAGGUGCUGGAGGCCAAUGGUACAGUCCUGGAAAGAAGCAAUAGUAUCUUGAGAACCUGUGCUCUGAGGCCAGCUGGCAUCUAUGGGCCCGGAGAACAAACCUAUCUUCCCAGGGUAGUGAGCUACGUUGAGAGGGGCCUGUUCAAGUUUGUGUUUGGGGAUCCCAGGAGCCUGGUUGAAUUUGUCCAUGUGGAUAACUUGGUGCAGGCUCACAUUCUGGCCUCAGAGGCCCUGAAAGCUGAGAAGGGCUACAUUGCCUCUGGGCAGCCCUACUUCAUCUCAGAUGGCAGACCCGUGAACAACUUUGAGUUCUUCCGGCCUUUGGUUGAGGGCCUGGGCUACACCUUCCCAUCCAUCCGCCUGCCGUUGGCCCUCAUCUACUGCUUUGCUGUCCUCACGGAGAUAGCCUACUUCAUUUUGGGUCGACUCUACAACUUCCAGCCCUUCCUCACCUGCACUGAAGUUUACAAAACGGGCGUCACACAUUAUUUUAGCCUAGAGAAAGCCAGGAAGGAGCUAGGUUAUGAGGCUCAGCCGUUUGACCUCCAGGAGGUGGUAGAAUGGUUUAAAGCCCGCGGUCACGGCAGAAGUCCUGGAAGUCGUGACUCGGAGUGUCUGGUUUGGGAUGGGCUGUUGGUCUUACUCUUGGUUAUAACACUUCUCACAUGGCUGUCUUCUUCUGCGAUUCUGUCACUAUAAAGGAGAAGCUAAAAAUAAGUAGCUGAUCCCAUUUGCUGGGAUGGUUUUCAAGAAACACGGGUUUUAAAAUAUAGCUAUCUGGUGCCAAAUUUUGGCUCUUCAGAUUGCUGUUUAAGAAUAGGUUCUUGGAUUAAGUCUUCAUUUCUUACCUUUUUGCACUAAUCCUGAUGGGAGAAAAAAGAGGCAAAGAUAAGUUUGAAAUUUGGUUUCUUGUGUCUUCUACUUUAGAGGGUACAGUAGAAGUCAUUUUGGAGCCAUAGAACUAAAUUUGGAUUGUAAAUGUCUUACUUGAAUUUCUCAGGAGCUAAAAAUGUACUUAUUUCCAUUCCAUAGACUUUGCAUCUACUUAAUAUGGACGGAAACGCACACUGAUACGGGAAUGACAAAACAUUAACUGACUUGAAAAUGUGUGAAAAACACCAAAUUGGGCCAGAUCCGUCAGACCAACCCUCUGAGGAGAUGAUGGCUGUUGCAGGGGAGGUGUUAGCUAUUCACAGCAUCAGUUUGGGGAAUUCACUUUUGCCUUUUCUGAUAUGAGGGCAUUACACCUGUGUGACCACAUGAUAGUGUUUGAUGUUUAAACAAAUAGACCUUUAUCUUACCUCCUAGGAUUCUUUUGAGGAUUAAAUUAGACAAGGCAUAUAAAGUACUACUGAACACACAUAAGCUGUUAUUUUUAUUAAUAUUGUUAGUCUACAUUCCUUAUGAGGGUUUUCUUCCUUGGGGCAUUCUGUUCAGAGGGUGCUGUUGCUGCUAAUCUUUCUGGAAUGCCUUUGUGGUAUGCUCUCAGAGUCUCUAACAAGUAUGUUUGAAUAUACUUAGUGUUUGU